CUUCCUGGAGUGGCCUAUCCAACCACGCCCUACUAGAAAAAGACAGCUAGAUUUAGCUGGUGAUGGAGGGGUUUCCUUACCUUGAGAGCAAGGAGUCCAUUCAGAGCUACCUGGAGUCAGUGGCUGGAGGGGAGGGAGUGGGGCUGGAUGACCUCAGGCUAGCAACUACACUGGACAACAGGGACAAACUGGCCUCCUUUAGAGCAAAGUUCUGCUUGCCGACAAUCAGUGACAUCUGUGAGGGGGAAAAGUUGGCGGCAGAUAUAGACUCUAGCCAAGACUGUGUGUAUCUCACUGGUAACUCCCUGGGUCUUCAACCAAAGGGAACGAAGGACUUGAUCGUAGCAGAUCUGGAUAAAUGGGCAAAGAAAGGCGUGUAUGGUCACUUUCAUGACCCAGUUGCCUGGUUACCCAUAGAGGACAUCGUGGUGGAUGAGAGUGCACGGCUAGUGGGAGCUAAACCCAUUGAGGUGGUGCCUAUGAAUGGACUCACCGUCAACUGCCACCUGGCUAUGGUAUCGUUCUACCAGCCCACUAAGGAUAGGUUCAAAAUCGUGUUGGAGAAGGACAGCUUCCCUUCAGACUUUUAUGCAGUGCAGUCACAGGUUAAUUGGCAUGGCUAUGACCCCAAAGAAGCAAUGAUAGUAAUGGCUCCAAGAGAGGGCGAGCACUUUUGGAGGACUGAGGAUGUGGUGCAACUGAUAGAGGAGCAGGGAGACUCUGUAGCUUUAGUCUGGCUUCCAGGUGUUCACUACCUGACUGGGUAUGUGUUUGACAUGGAGGCAAUCACUAAAGCAGCUCACAGCAAGGGUUGCUAUGUUGGGUUUGACCUUGCUCAUGCAGCUGGCAAUGUGGAGCUGUGUCUACAUGACUGGGGGGUGGACGUUGCUGCUUGGUGUACCUACAAGUACCUCAACAGUGGACCUGGAGGAAUCGCAGGAUUCUUUGUACACGAGAAACACGCCCACAACCAACAGUUACCACGACUACUGGGAUGGUGGAGUCACAAUAGAAAAACUCGAUUUGAUAUGUCCAACGUAUUGGAUCUUCAGGCCGGGGCCGCUGGGUUCCAACUCUCCAAUCCUCCGGUGUUGGAGUGCCUGAGUCUGAAAGCCAGCCUGGACGUGUUUGCUGACACCUCCAUGAGAGAACUGACCAUCAAGUCCAGGAUUCUCACUGGUUACCUGGAGAUGCUCAUUGAGCAUUACCUCACUAAGGAGAAGAGAGAAAAUGUAGCAGCGGACUCUUCAAAAUAUAUGACCAUAGUGACCCCCUCUGACCCUAAGAGGCGUGGUGCCCAAUUGUCCCUCCAGUUCUCCUUCCCCGUCAAAGAGGUUCAUCACCAGCUGGCGAGUAGGGGAGUUGUGACGGACCUUCGUAAAGAUGGCCACAUGAGAGUAGCCCCUGCCCCCCUAUACAACUCAUUCAAAGAUGUCUGGACGUUCUUCAAGACUCUUGAACUAACACUGAAAUAGGAAUAGCUUUGCAUGUGUACAUGUAUGUGUUUUUGCACUGAAAUAACCACUUCCAAUACCACAUUAAUCUUUGUCA